AUGGCUUUGGAAAAAAUACAGCUAGCAGAUGACUUUGCCGUCUAUGCAAACCCUGCGGCCAAGCUCGAGGUCGAAUUCAUCUACAAGGAAAUCUUCACCGACAAGUGCUACGAGAUUGCGUCGCUGCCCGACGAUGCCUUCAUGGUCGACGCCGGCGGCAACAUUGGCAUGUUCAGCCUCUUCAUGAAGAAGAAGUAUCCGUCCUCGACCAUUCUCGCCUUUGAGCCUGCGCCGGCGACUUUUUCCGCCUUUGAGCGCAACAUGGCGCUGCACGGCGUCUCGGGCGUGCAAGCGCAUCAGUGCGGACUCGGUCGGGAGAAUGCGACCAUGGCCUUGACGUUUUACCCGCAGAUGCCGGGCAAUUCGACCCUGUACUCGGAGGACAAGGCGAAUCAGAUGAAGUCUGUCGACGAACAUCACCCCAUUGCCAAACUCAUGCAGGAAACGCAAAAGGUGCAGGUGGAUGUCAAGCGACUUUCUGAUUUCCUCAACCAGGUCCCGGCCCUCAAACGGAUUGACCUUGUCAAGGUGGAUGUGGAAGGCGCCGAGCUGGACGUGUUGCUGGGCCUGGACGACAGGCACUGGGACAUGAUUCAGAACAUUGCAGUCGAGCUCUGCGACAGCAAGGGCGAGCUCGCAGAGGCCAAGGCGCUGCUAGAGGCGAAAGGGUUUUCAGUUGUGACAGAGAGGCCUGACUGGGCACCGGAGAACCUGAAGAUGUAUAUGCUAGUUGCAAAGAGAAACUAG